AACUUUAUUUUCAAGUUCUACGUUUGCAAACACUUUAACCUGAGGGCAACAGCGGGACUUACAUGGCGGUAUUUGCGGAUUUUCUUGAACUGAGUAACUCAUAAUUAGUUAUGAAAUCAUAAUUGCGAAUUUGCUACGCAGGCUGUUUUUAAUCUUUACCAUAUAACAUGCCUAUGAGUCCUGACAGGCAAGUUUUGGGUAAUCCUAAAAUUAUUAUUGUAAUCAGUGGUAAACGUAAAAGUGGGAAAGAUUACGUUGCAGAUAUAUUAUUAGAGAGGUUCGGAUCAGGAAAAGCUGUAAUAAUUCGACUAUCAGGACCUUUAAAAGAAAGAUAUGCCUUGGAAAAUAAUUUAGACUAUGCAAAGUUACUUGAGGCAUCUGAAUACAAGGAACUAUACAGGUUAAAAAUGAUUAAAUGGGGAGAAGACAUACGAAGUAAAGAUCCUGGAUAUUUUUGCCGCCAUGCUAUUGAACAGUCGCAAGCUAAAUCAAAGGUUGUGUGGAUUGUGAGUGAUGCAAGAAGAAAAACUGAUGUGGAGUUUUUCCUUUCAAAUUUCCCUAACAUUACAUACACUCUGAGGAUAAAUGCAUCACCUGAAGUCCGAAAGCAACGUGGAUGGAAGUACACUGAAGGUGUUGAUGAUUGUGAAUCUGAAUGCGGACUUGAUGACUUCACCAAAUGGAAUUAUCGGAUAGAUAAUGAUAAUUCUAGUCAGUUGUUAGAAGAGAUUAAUAAAAUUCUUUUUGAUAUUAAAAUAAAAUUAUGUGAAAUUGUAUGUUAAUGAAAAAUUUGUAGAAAAAAUUUAUUUUCUUUACAGCAUUUAUUUUCUUUACAGCAUAUGUUGCGCAUGAAGUUUAUAUAUAUACAUUUUGAAAUUUUUCUAUAAAGGCAGCUAAUUUUGCAAAUAUUUUGCCUGGAAUGCUUAUAGGCAGUAGCAUUUGUUGUUAAGAUGUAUAUAAUUAGUUUUAUAAACUAUAGAAAAGGAUUGUUUAAAGAAAUAUUUCUUUUAUUAUAAUUAUAUUCUUUGUUAAAAAUUAUAUAAAUGUAAAUGGAUACAUUUUUGUGUAAAUGUUAACAAGGAAUUUAGUAGCCCCUCAAAUGAGAUAAUUACUCUUUUAUUGUUUUCAUGUAAAACCUUGGUGACUCAACACCUCAAGGCACAACAAGGAAAUGCCAGCUUAACUUAUCUGUUAACACGUUCAGCGCGGCGCCGAAUUUGGUCCUUUCCAUUCAGCCAACAGCGAGCUAAGCCGUAUUUUUGUUUAGAAUGUUUCAAUAAAUUUCAUUAAAACUAAAAUUGAUCACAUUUCAUUGAGACUAUAUUUAUUUUUUAACUUUAAUACUGUCGGUCCCGUGGGCUGACGCCAGCCAAACGAAAAUUCCAGUGCCAGCCCCCAGGGACCGACGCUGCUCACACGAAAAGUUCACUGCCGAUCCCCAGGGACCGAUGUCGGCCACACAGAAAGUUCACUGCCUGUCCCCACGCACUGGUGCCGCGCUCAACGUGUUAAGUUGAAUCUGAGGAUGUGGAUAAUCAGAAAGUACAAACAAUUAAUUAAUUCAUACUUUUAACACAUUUGUUUUUAGCAGUUCAACUUCCUUCUGUAGAACUUAAAGCAUUAAAUUGAAUACAAAAAUCAAAUUUGAAUUGAUUUGCUUUAAUAUUAGUUAAUUUCAGGUUGCAUAUUUACAUCUGAAACGCCAGGUAUUCUGCUAAAUUAUGAUGAUAACAGUGAAACUAUGCAGAGGUAGAAAAUGAAAAAUAAAUGGCACAAUUAUUUAAUUUUUCUUAUGUUUCAAAAAUAAUUUCAUUUUUAUUCUUAUUGCUUAUAAAAAUUCAUAAAUUCACUAUGAGAAUGAAAUUAUUUAAAAAUUAAUUUCAAUUUAAUGAUAUAUUAAUUGUCACACUUAAAACUAAACAAAAUGUAAUUUGUGGAAUUAUUACUUUUGUGGUCUUUAACUACCAGCUCUGAAAAAUAUUAGCAGCAUUCUAAAGUUUUAUGAGAGAAAGGGGGCCACACAGGAAUAAUUUUUAAAGCAUUUAAGUAAUACUUCCGAAGUACAAUUAAAGAAUAAAUUUAAAGAAGAAUGCCUUGUUUAAAAACCACUCCCCCUAUUUUAAUAUUUGUAAAAUGUAAAAAGAAUUAUUGCAUAAAUAAAUUGAGAUUAAAUGUGAUAGGAAUAGAUGUUGUUGUUAAAUUAUUAAAAUGUUUUUGGAUUAUUGUUAACCUUUUUUAAAAAAAUUGCCUUAUAAAACUGUGCCAAUACAAUAUGUAUAGUGCCAAUACAGUAUUAUACAUGCAGCAGAUAUUUUAUUUUAGUAUUUCAUAAUUAGUUUACAUUAAAAUAAUAUUUUCAUGUAUAUAAAAUGCUGUACUCUAAAAGCAAUAAUCAAAUUAGUAAUAAUCAUUUCCCCCUAUUUAUUGUAUGAUAAUAAAUGUUUAUUAUUAUUUCUUAUAUUAUUAUUAAGGUAUUAAAUGAGAUUAUAUUAUGAAGAUAUAGUUGGUAAGUUAUUAAACCUUACAGGGAAUUUCAGGUUUAAUUUAUGCUAUAUUUAUUACGAUACUGAAGAAUAAGCAAACAAAAUGUUCACUUUUGUGCAAUACUGCUUCAUUUAACAACUAAAAUAUUGCUAUUUUAGAAGUUAAAUAAUUUUGUUUCAAAAUGAAAGCCAAAGAUACUGUAUUAGAAAGGCCAAAGGAAAACUUACUUUAUGAUCCUAUGCUUUCACCAAUAUGUAAUUAAUUAUAUCUGCUUUUUAAUUAUUUUAUUUACUUUCCUAAUUUGAAUUGUUUUGAUACAAAAAUGUUUUUAUUUUCCCUUUUUCUUUAUAUGUAUAAUCACCAUGUUUGUAGCUUCGUCCUCUGUAUUAAAUUUUUAAGUGCAAUUUUUCAAUAUGAAUUUGCAUGCUUUGUUUUAGAUGCAUUCAUUUAAAAAUGGGGGGGGGGGAUCUUUUACUUUCAGUUAUAUUAUUUUUCAGGCAGUAAUGUGGUACAUCUGUUUUUCAGUAUUUUAAGCAGUAAAUUAUAAAAGCCUUGUAAGUUUUAGCACCAGAGCUGCUAUUAAUCUCAAUCUUGUGACCGUAUCACUUUUCAACUAAAAGGAUGUACUGCCACACUUUAUCGACAUUUAAAGAAAUAACACAUCAAAUAUAAAAAUAUAUGGCAACACUUCUUAAUACUCUAUCAGGAAAUUUUGAAGAUAUGCUGUUUUUUAAUAUUUGGGAUUUUGCUGUUGAAUUUUAUGUCUGAAAAAAGUGAAAAAAGUCUGAAAAUUUAAGUCUGAAAAAAGUGAAACAAAAAGCCAAUAAUAAUAAUAUUUAAAAAAAAAAAAAAAAAAAGAAGAAGAAGAGGAAGGAGGAAUAUUUAUGUGAUGAAUUAAUUGAGAAAAGGCUGAAAAAAAUUUAUUUUAACACUUAACACUGUGUCAGGAAGUCUAAAUGUAUGCUGCUUUUAAAAAAUUUUGUUAUUUUGCUGUUGAAUUUUAUGCAGUGUAAGUGUGGAAGUGAUGUUUAAUAAUAAGAUUAAAAAGACGUUAUAUAUAUAUAGGUCAAUUGUUAAGAAAAACACUGAUAUAAUGAAUUGAGAAAAGACUGAAAAAA